AUGUUCGGACACUUUAAGCUCAUCUAUCCGGCUCCUAUAUCGGAGCCUAUACGGUCUAGGGACUCGAAUGCAUAUAUGAUGGAGACGCUGCGAAAUUCGGGCUUGAACUUGAAGAACGAUUUCGGUAUAGGCCGUAAAAUUUGGAGGGUUUUUUCGUUCACCUACAAUAUGCUGAUACUUCCCGUAAGUUUCCCAAUCAACUAUGUGAUACAUCUGGCGGAGUUCCCGCCGGAGCUGCUGCUGCAAUCCCUGCAAUUGUGCCUCAACACUUGGUGCUUCGCUCUGAAGUUCUUCACUUUGAUCAUCUAUACGCACCGCUUGGAGCUGGCCAACAAGCACUUUGACGAACUGGAUAAGUACUGCGUGAAGCCGGCGGAGAAGCGCAAGGUUCGCGACAUGGUGGCCGCCAUUACCAGGCUGUACCUGACCUUCGUCGUGGUCUACGUCCUCUACGCCACAUCCACGCUACUGGACGGACUACUGCACCAACGUGUUCCGUACAAUACGUACUAUCCGUUCAUAAACUGGCGAGUCGAUCGGACCCAGAUGUACAUCCAGAGUUUUCUGGAGUACUUCAUCGUGGGUUAUGCCAUAUAUGUGGCCACGGCCACCGAUUCCUAUCCUGUGAUUUACGUGGCAGCCCUGCGAACUCAUAUUCUCUUGCUCAAGGACCGCAUCAUUUACUUGGGCGAUCCCAGCAACGAGGGUAUCAGCGACCCGAGCUACAUGUUUAAAUCGUUGGUGGAUUGUAUCAAGGCACACAGAACCAUGCUAAAUUUUUGUGAUGCCAUUCAACCAAUCAUCUCUGGCACGAUAUUUGCCCAAUUCAUCAUAUGCGGAUCGAUCCUGGGCAUCAUCAUGAUCAACAUGGUGUUGUUCGCUGAUCAAUCGACCCGAUUCGGCAUAGUCACCUACGUUAUGGCCGUCCUUCUGCAAACUUUUCCGCUUUGCUUCUACUGCAACGCCAUCGUGGACGACUGCAACGAGCUGGCCGACGCACUUUUCCAUUCCGCCUGGUGGGUGCAGGACAAGCGAUACCAACGGACUGUCAUCCAGUUCCUGCAGAAACUGCAGCAGCCGAUGACCUUCACCGCCAUGAACAUAUUCAAUAUUAAUCUGGCCACUAACAUCAAUGUAGCAAAGUUCGCCUUCACCGUCUACGCCAUCGCGAGCGGUAUGAACCUGGACCAAAAGUUAAGCAUUAAGGAAUAGAACAGAAUACUCAAGAAAAAUGACCGCACCAGAGGUAAACGUACAUAGUUUUAUGAACUUAACACAUUGCUUCGUAGAAUUAUAAUAAUCGUAUAUGCAUACAGCGAAUUAUGAAUAAACAUAAGCUAGUUAAAACAAA